AAUUGUUGGAUUAAGACUACAAAACGUUUACGACAUAAAUCCAAAAACUUAUUUAUUUAAAUUUUCAAAGCCGGACAAGAAGGAAUUCUUGAUAAUUGAAUCUGGAAACAGGAUUCAUACGACACAAUUUUCUCGAGAUAAAUCGAUUAGUCCUUCACCUUUUUGUAUAAAGAUACGUAAGCAUAUUAGGACACGAAGACUAACUGAUAUAAGACAACUAGGUGUUGAUCGGAUUAUUGACUUUGAAUUUGGCGGCAUUGGUGAAGGCACAACUUACCAUAUUAUAGCAGAGUUUUACGCUUCAGGAAAUAUUAUCUUUACAGAUCAUGAAUAUAAAAUAUUAUCGUUAUUACGUAUCGUUCAACCUAAAGAGAAUGAAAAGAUUGCCGUCGGCCAAAUAUACAAUAUCAAUGCUGUAUCUCGUGUAGGUGAUCCAGUAACAAAGUCUCGUUUACAGGAUGCAUUGACUACUCAAACUUCCAAAGAAUCGCUAAAGAAGGUGUUAAAUGCUAAGUUGAGUUACGGACAGUCAUUGACCGAGCAUGCCAUUCGCUUGGCAAAUCUGGAUCCAAAUAUGAAAGUUGGAACAGUUGACAAAUCCGAAGAUUCAUUGCAUUUGAGUGCUUUAGAAUCAGGUUUUGCUGAAGGAUAUAUUAUUAUGUUAAAGCAUUUGCAAAAUGAUGGUGAAGUUGAAGAAGAUGUAACAACUUAUGAUGAGUUUCAUCCUUUCCUCUUCGAACAACAUAAAUUGAAGCCCUACAAAGAAUUUGAUUCAUUUGAUUCGGCUGUCGAUGAGUAUUAUUCGUCUAUGGAAAGUCAAAAAUUGUUAUUAAAACAGCGAAACCAGGAGAAGGCAGCGUUAAAAAAGUUGGAGGCUAUUAAAAAAGAGCAAUAUUCCAGAGUGGAAAGUCUACAAAGUGCACAAGAGAUUAACAUACGUAAAGCAAGAUUGAUCGAGUCGAAUGUCGACAUAGUAGAUCAAGCAAUUGUAGUAAUAAGAAAUGCCAUUGCUAGCUCAAUGGAUUGGAAAGACCUUGAAAAUCUAGUUAUGGAGGAAAAAAAACAAGGAAAUCCAAUAGCUGCUAUAAUUGCAGGAUUGAAGCUGGAAACAAAUCAUAUUACAUUGUCAUUAAAGGAACCAGAAGAAAUUGAUGAGGCUUUUUAUGACUCUUCAGAUGAAGAAUCUGAAAGAGAACAGAGCCACUCACAAGAAACAAUACAUGACAAUGUUGAUGUUGAUAUAUAUUUAUCUGCAUAUGCCAAUGCUAGGAAAUUCUAUGAUAUAAAAAAACAAUCCAUGAUCAAACAGGCGAAAACGUUAGCUGUUGCUGACAAAGCAUUUAAAAGUGCUGAGCAAAAGAUUAAACAAGAUCUUAAAGAAACAAAAACAACUGCGUCUAUAAAUAAAAUUCGCAAGCCCUUUUGGUUUGAAAAAUUUUUAUGGUUUAUCUCAUCUGAAAAUUAUCUUGUCAUUGCUGGGCGUGACAUGCAACAAAAUGAACUGUUGGUUAAACGAUAUCUUCGUAAAGGAGAUUUGUAUGUCCACGCCGACUUGCACGGUGCUGCUUCAGUUAUUAUUAAGAACCCUAAUGACAGUCAGCCAGUGCCUCCGAGCACACUUUUUCAAGCCGGAAUUAUGUCAGUCUGCCAAAGCAAAGCUUGGGAAGCGAAGAUAGUCACUAGCGCGUAUUGGAUCUAUGCGGAUCAAGUAUCUAAAACCGCACCAACUGGAGAAUAUCUUACAACAGGUUCUUUUAUGGUUCGUGGCAAAAAAAACUUCUUACCACCUGUACAAUUGGUGUAUGGUCUUGGUUUAUUUUUCAAGUUGGAUGAGCAAAGUAUUGCAAAUCAUUUACAUGAACGACGUCCACUAAGAGCUGAAGAAGAGUCUCUUGAAGGAGAAAAAGCAGAGAAAGAAAAUAAUGGUAUGAAAGAGCUUCAUCUUGAUGAUAAUAGUGCCGAUAGUGAACCGGAAGAUGCAGCUGAUGUUCAAAAAAUCCGCACAGAGAGUUUUAAAGAAGAUAAGUCGAUUGAAAGUGAGGAUGAGGGGCAUUACAGUGAAGAGGAAACACAAGAACUUGCGUUAAAUCAGCAAUUAGACUUAAGUGAAAAAUUACAGAGUGCUAUGAAACUUGACACCUCCACAUGGGAUAAGUAUAAUCUAGAUGAGUAUGGAGAUGAUAAAGAUGCUGAAGAUGCUGAAGAGGAUAUUAAUCAAGGAAGCAGCGAUAAAUCGAAGAAGAAAUAUAUCUCGACAAAAGAAAGGAAAAUGCUAAAAAAACAAAAACAAGAUGCUAUUGGAGAUAAAGGUUCAGGAAUUGUUGUACCGUCUGCACCUGGUCUUCCUGGAGAUUUAGCAUCGCAAAAAGGAUCAAAUGUUUCUGGGAAGGGAAAGUCAAAUAAACCACCCCAAAUCAAGGGCAAAAAGGGGAAAAAGGAAACGCAAAAUCAAACAAUGUCUAAACAAGUUACAAGUAAUUUGAAGGAGAAUUCAACUGACAUUAAUAAAUCUCAGAAUGAUACGCAAGAAAAUCUAACAUCACAAAAUCAGGAAGUGGAAUUCAGAGAACCUGACGAAAAUUUGGCUUCAGAAAUUAAAAAUGAAGACGACGAGGAGAUUCGCCAACUUUUAAAGGAAGAAAACAUUACUCUUUUGGAGAAUGAUGCAAUGGAGAGUUUGACUGUCCUCGAUACUUUGACUGGAAUGCCAUUACCGGACGACAACCUCCUCUUUGCCGUACCAGUAUGUGCACCUUACACAGCUUUGCAGAAAUUCAAGUACAAAGUUAAAUUGACACCAGGAUCGAUGAAGAAAGGAAAAGCUUGCAAAACCGCUACUACAUUUUUCUUAAGUGAUCCGGCCAUGACACCACGCGAAAAAGAAUUAGUCAAGAGUAUUCCUGAGAUGGAAAUGAUAUCAGUAAUUUUGGGCAAGUGUAAAGUAUCAGCACCAAAUAUUGAACAAUCUAAAAAAGCGGCGAAAAAACGAAAAGAAACAAAUAAAGAG